ACAAUCCCUCAAUGAUUGCACAUUUUGAGCGCAAUUGUAGUGACAUUUGGCGCUUAAAUGUGUGAAUCAAUACAUUGAAUGAAUGAAUCAAACAAUUGUCUCAUUUUGAACAUCACUUGUCAUUCAUUGCUUACACAUUGUCCACACAUUGGAUCCACUUAUCAUUGUUUUGAUUGUCUUAUAGUCGGUGACAAUACAUUCAUAGGUCAGUCAUGUUUGAGGCACGUCUUAUUCAUGGAACAAUUCUCAAGAAGAUAUUGGAUGCCAUUAAAGACUUAGUAACAGACGCCAGUUGGGACUGUCAACCAAAUGGCAUGUCUUUGCAGGCGAUGGACACGAGUCAUGUGGCACUUGUGGCCGUCUCACUGCUUUCCGACGGCUUUGAUAAGUAUCGCUGUGAUCGCAAUCUCACUCUUGGCAUGAAUUUGAUUAGUCUCUCAAAAAUAAUCAAAUGCGCUGCAAAUGACGAUACGAUUACUAUUAAGGCCGGCGAUGGCGGCGAUAAAAUCAUGCUUUUGUUUGAGGCUCAGAAUGAGGCAGAAGUGGCUGAAUAUGAAAUUAAAUUAAUGAAUUUAGACUCAGAAUACUUGGGAAUUCCGGAUACGUCGUAUAACGUGACCAUUAAGAUGCCUUCGGCUAAAUUCCAACGCAUUUGUCGUGAUUUGAGUCAAAUCGGAGAUGCGGUCACCAUAUCGUGUGCUAAAGAUGGCGUCCGCUUCGGUGCCACCGGUGAUCUCGGUUCGGGUUCUAUUCGAUUGUCUCAAACGGCUAAUGCUGACAAACUUGAAGAAACGGUUCAAAUUUCAAUGCAAGAGGCUUUGGUUCAAUCAUUUGCACUCAAGUAUUUGAAUCAUUUCGCAAAGGCUACUCCAUUGUCAGCUCAAGUCAUUCUUAAGAUGUCACCAGAUGUACCAUUGGUUGUUGAGUACAAGAUAUCGGACAACGACGAUGAGAAUCCAUCUGAAAUCGGUUACAUUCGUUACUAUUUGGCGCCAAAGAUCGAUGACGCAGACGUUGAUAUGUGAUGAACCACUCAUUGAUACAUACAUUAAUCGAAAUUUGAAUUUAUUUAAUGAUUAAUAUUAUUUUAAUCUAAUCAUUAUGUAGUUCAAUGGUUUUGAUAAUUUAAUUAAAUUUGUUUUUAUAAU